AUGCACCUUUCGCCCCUGACAGCCUGCAGUCUGGCACUUUCCCUCCUCUUCCUCUUCACAACAACCCUCUACACCCUCCUCUUACUCCGACACAUCCCCAGAGAAGUGCAAACCCUCAUCGAGUCACACUCCUACGCAGGCCCCCUACCCAUCCACACCGACGCAUCCCACGGCCCGUACAUCAUCUGCGACGAGGCCGUCUACCCCACCCCACCACCCGACUGCUCCUUCGACCUGCUCAUGAACGGCUGGGUGCCGAACCCGUGCUUCGACGAAGCCAUGCACGAGUUCCACACAAAAGACAAGAACUUCGAUUUCUUCGCCGACCUUCACGGCGAUAUUGUCGUUACACAGGAGCAGAUCAUGUACGGGGAUCCCGCGACAUGGCCCAGCUGGCUGUGGGUCAGUGAGCGCGAGCAUAACGAGCACUAUCUCAAACCUUCCAUCGUGCUCUUCCCUGUCAAUGACUCUGCCAAGUCACAAUGCGAGAUCUAUGGCCGCCAUGGAGAUCGAGUACCCAGCCGAGCUCGUGCUCAACCUCAACCAGUCCUUCCUCCUCCCCCCAUCGCCUCUAUUCGAUCAGAAUCAGCUCACCGGAACCCUCUCGACGCCUCAAAGCGGCCCAACGCCCACCUCAACCCCGCCCCGGACCCGCGUCAAACGACCGCAUACAAAGUCCCGCCGGGGGUGCUACAACUGCAAGAGUCGGAGGAUCAAGAGCUCCAGGCUGAUCGUGCGAAACAAAAGUGCUCAGAGGCGAAACCCGCAUGCGGGAACUGUCUACACAAGGAGCUGGACUGCGUCUACCCACCCCCACCAGAAGAGACGCGCCUCCAGAAAUACUCGUACUCGUCAAGAUCGACAUCAACAUCCCCAUCGCCAUCCCUGUCGACCCGACUCGCAGCAACCCCCUUCACAGCCGACGACCUCCGCUUCUGGCACCACUUCCUCGUCGACGCACGCCCGCACCUCCCCUUCGGCGACGAGGCGACUUGGCUCUCGACCAUCCCGGCUUUUGCGCAUGAUGUACGCCCUCCUCCUUCUCUUGCCAUAUGCAGAAGCUAA